CAAGAGAGCUUCCAAUCAUGAGUAUGUGGGAAAAGAUUAGGGGCCAGAUUAUGCACAGGAUGUAUGAUUAUGCAAACACUUGUGAGAACAAAUGGACUGGCAACAUUUGUCCCAAAAUCAUGGACAAGAUGCGUAAAAAUGAGGACUAUGCUAGUGAUUGUUUUGCUUAUCCUUCUGGCCACAGAGUAUACGAAGUGAAGAGCAAAGAUAACACCUAUGAGGUGAAGAUGAAUGAAAAAACUUGUGAUUGCAGAAGAUGGCAACUAACGGCCAUUCCAUGUUCGCAUGCCAUUUCCUGCAUGAGAAAAGAGAGAAUAAAGCUAGAAACCCAUAUAGCUAGUUUCUAUACAAGAGAAAGGUACAUGAAAGCAUAUGGAAAUACUUUUUGGCCAGUAAGGGAUAAAUCUUUCUGGGAAAAGACACAUGGUAGGGAUGUGGGAGCACCUUUGUAUGAAAAGAAAGCUGGGAGGAAAUCAAACAAAAGGAGAGAGCACCCAUCGGAGAAGGAGGAAGGGACGAUACUUAGCAAGCAUGGUGUGAAGAUGCAUUGCAGCUUUUGUAGGGAUCCUAAUCACAAGAGGCCUUCAUGCCCUGAAUUACAUCCCGAACUCAAGUUGGAACCACAAAGGAGGACAAAUGAUGAUGACAAUGUUGGUGAUCCUUCUGUGGUAGAGAACAUUGUAUCCGAGGAGGGCAAUCCUGAGUUGAUUCCCACACAAUGUAGUAGGACUUUUGUAGUUGAGCUCAUGGAGAAGGAAGUGGAAGAGUUGUCAAAUCCAACAAGGAGGAAUAAAGGUCCACUUCCUGCAAAUGCAUUUAUUCAGGACCAUAUAAGUGAAUUUCCUUCUCCGAGGGCAACAACGGCAACAAGGGCUGGCAUGGACAUAGCAAGAGGUAGAGGAAGGGGAGGAGGAAGGGGAAGAGGGAGAGGCAGAGCCAAGUCUUCUUCUCUUACAAAUAAUGUAAGUGGUUCAGAUAUUGCUUCAAGUGUAGAUGUGGAAAAUUUAAUAGAAAGAACAAGAGCAAGCGUGAGAGGGACAGGGACAGGGAGAGCAAGAGUGAGAGGAGGAGCAACCGAUGGUACUGCUACCCAUGUUGAAGGAAGUAGUGCUACUGCUAGUAGUGUGCAACAAGGAGGAGGGACAAGUGUUGCCCACGCUGCACCAAGAGCAAGAAGAGCGAGAAAAACAAAAAGACCAGUGCCUGGAGGUGAUCAUUGGAAUGGUUAUGAGCACUCAAGAUAGUAUCAGUUGCUCUACAGAAAUAAGUAGAAUGUUUAAGUGCAAGUAUGUGCAACCUGCUUGUAAUGCAAUUUCAAAUGGUUUCAGAACUAUGUUUUGGAAGCUUUUAGAACUACGUGUUGUCACUGUUUAAAAACUAUGGAAUAAGUGCAAGUAUGUGCAACUUGCUUGUAAUACUUUUUCAAACGGGUUACAGAAUGAUGUGUUGGAUGGUUUUAGAACUAUGUGAUCA